AUGCAGGAGCGUCGCAGAGGGCUGCCUGAGGGUUUACUGCAAUGUCGCAGGAUCGGACUCGCCGGGGAUCAUUCUGGGCACCCCAAGGAUGUUGCUGGCUGUGAGCCGGCGCUGCCUGCAGGCGAGGGGGAGAACUCGGUACCGGACUCAAUCGGAGCGGAUGGCGGCCCUGCCCCUGGCACUCCUGGAGGCAGCUGUUCCACGGAUGAUAUCGAGGAGCAGAACCACCGUGGAGGAAGAUCGGGGGAGAGGACGACAGUGACAAGGAGCAGUUCCGGUGCCGGGCGAGCCGGCGAGGCUGUGAUCGACUUCACUGACUCCUGGUCAACGCUGCUUCGAAAUUUGCUUCGAGAAGAAGACUGUAAGCCUGAGGAGUGCCGGGUGUUCAAUCGGCACGGAGAGCUGAUUCCAGUGUUCUUCGACAAAGACUUCGUUCCGACACAAAGAGACUUUCCACUUCACGUGACUUUCCGGAAGGAGACGAAGUUAGAUUGGCGUGUAUCAGAGUCAGACGAGGCGAUCAAGACUGCCACCAGCGCCGCAUCUUUCAUAUCAGAGGAGCAGGAGGAAGUUCGCAGAGCAGCGAGCAGUGUGGCUUCAGCAGAGACCGACGACGAGGUUCCCACUCAUUUGCAAGUUGUUGCAAAGAGCCUGCGCCACUGGUUGGCCGAGAUGAAGUUGCAACACUUGGAGUCGUCAGUGCUCAGAUGGUGCGACGAGAUGGGCGCUUGCUCGGUGCAGGAGGUGGUCGACUGCCUCGAGUAUCUCAUAGCUGCACUGGAUCUGCAAAAGUCGGAUGCCAAGCGGCUCUGCUCCGAAGCCUCACGAGCGCUGAAAAAACUAAAGACGCCAGGAGCCCUGGGCUUGAGAAAAGAACAAAAGGUCCCGUCAACCCCUCCCACGACUCUGGCGCAGGAGCUUCCCGGCCUGAAGCCUUUCACUCGCACCAGGCAAGGCCUGAAGAAAAAGAUGAUGAAGGACAGGCAGCGGCAGCUGGCUUCCACCAUGAGUGAGGGAAGCAUCACUGAUGGUCUUCAGAGGAAGCCGACAACAGACGAUUUUUCGUCUGUUGAAGCAGCGAAGGAGAAGCUCGCACUGCAGCUUAAGGAGGAGGAGGAGAAGCAGAAGGAUGCUGCGAUCACCGCUUUGAAUGCUGCUCUCUCGAAGAAGUGUCUGGACGAUCUGGGAGCGGCAAUCCAGAUGAUGGAGGCGGUCGGCCUGGAUUCGCAUGAGCUCGUGGCAACAGCCAAACGGGAUCAGGAGAUGUUGUCCCGGCGUCAUCUGCAGCUUUGCGAAGAGUCCGUUUGCGCUCUGCAGGCUGCACUGGAAGCACCGCGAGAUGACCGAUUCGGCCAAGCGAUCCGAGAAGCUUUGCAGAACGCUUCCUUCGCCUGCCAAGUCUGA